AUGGGCAGCAUCCAAGAGCCAGGGACAGGCCAAGCCUUCAAUGCAGUAAAUGUAAUAAACAAAACAUAUGCCGAAUCAACAGAGUACGACCUCAACGACUCACUGGUAUUCCUUAUCGGCUCAAUAAAUAAAACCAGAGCCAGGAACAAGCAACUGGUAAAGCAGCACUUUGGAAAGUUUGUUCAGUGCAGGUCCGUACUCGAGGAUGUAUGGACAAACAUCAAGCAAAAAAGAUACGACAAGGAAUUCACAACAGAGCUUGAAAACAACAUUAAGGUUGUAAGGAAUAAAUUCAACCAGAUAACAUCUAAUGUUUUGGAGGAUAGCAAAAGUGAAAUCAAUCGGCAUAGAAAAGAGUAUUAUAUGAAUAAGUAUUCAGAUCUGUUCAGUAUCAAGGCUACACUUCAAAAGAACCUUAAUAAUCCAGAAAGAUUUGUUGAUGUGUAUGAAAACGCAAGAGGAAUCUACGAGCACUUGAAGGGAUCUGAGUAUGUGCAGAUAAUCUGGGGAUCGAUUCACGACGAAAGAUGCGAAUUUUUGGAGAACAUUUAUAGGCGUAUACAGCGGCCAAGGUGUACAUUCCAAGAGGCUUCAUAUUACUUUCGAUUGUAUUUCAGGAUAUGCAAGAAUGAGACAGAGCAUAAAAUAAUGAAUACUCUUCUGGUCAACUUCAAAGAAAACAGCAUCAAUGCACUGGAGAUGUUUGCAUUAGAUGACACACUGUGUGCGGAUGAAAUCACAAAACAAUACCUGAGUCUUAUGAACAAAGUUGACGAAGAGAUCCAGAUACAGGGGACCAACCAUUACUUCUACUGCAUGGGAUGUAUAAUGCAUGAAAAACUACUAUUAUUCACUAAGAUAUGCAUAAAAAGGUUGAUAGACAACAUAAAGGUUGCAAAGUUACAUCCUGGUUCACAAAGUGUGUAUUUUUCGCAUCUUAAGAGAGUAAAGAUGGGUUUUAUAGAUAACGAGCUUGAAAGAUGCACUAUAUCAAUAUCUGAUCUAACAUCGCUUGAACAUGCAUUAGAAGAUUUGAAGGAAACCUAUAUGAUACUCAUUGAGAUUGCAUCUAAGGAAGAGCAAAGUUACAUCCGAGAAAGAACGUUAAAAUUGUUAGGAAGUUACUAUGAAAAGAUGAAGCUUGAAGAUUUUUCUGACAUAGAACAUGCAAUUAAAAUUAUUCAUUCUAUGGCGCCAUUGAUUGGAAAGCCAGGAUCCAAGGAUAUAAAAAACCUGAAUGCAAUGAUCGGUGGAUACAUAAAUGAUCACAGCAGCAAGGUGGUGAAAAGGAUUGAAGCCAUGAUCGCCAAACAAGAUAAUGAUAUAUUGAUACUUAUGGAAGUCACCAGGGUAAUUGAAGAGAUUCCAUUGGAAUACGAACGCAUUAUAAAGCAGAUAAAACCAUUGGUUGAGUCAAUUCCUGUUGUGGCAUACUACUUGUCCAAAAUAUUCAAAGCAGAACAUCAGCAAAUGCUAUCAAAUGAUGUUAGAGAAAGAAUAGACGAGAUUAGAUACCAAUUCGGAUUUUUACUUGAUAUUUAA